AUGAAGCAGAGAAAAAGUUUUCAUUUUCUCUCUCGCAGUCUCUAUGGAUAUCUCGCCCUCAUUUUCAUUCCUUCAGAUCUCAUUAAAUCUCUCGCUCUCACUGUUUUCCACACUCCCUCGUUUUCUUUGUCUCUCUUAAUCACUCUCUCUUGCUUACUCUUUCAAUGUCUUUCACUCUCUCUCUCUCUCUCUCUCUCUCUCUCUCUCUCACUCUCUAUCAUUCUCUUCGUUUUUUAUGUCUUAAAUUCAGUCUCGAUUUCAUUUUCACUAACGUUUGCUUUCUUUUAUUCUUUCUUUCUUUCACUCACGCCCCCUGUCUCUAUUUUACUAUCUCUAGGGCUCUCGCUUUCUUUCUCUCUUAUUCAUGCUCUCUCUUUCUUUUUUUCAUUCUAUUUCUCGUUCCUACUAUUUGAUUCUUCUCCCUCGCUGCCUCUUCGCUUCUUCGUUUCAUUUCAUCUUAAUUUCAUUUGUAUCUUUCAUUCUCCCUCAAUCAUUUUUCUCACUUCUUCUCAUUAUUUCUUUUCUUCUCUCUCUCUCUCUCUCUCUCUUGCUCUUUGUGUUCUUUCUUCGCUUCAUUUCAUUUUUUUCUCUUUUAUUCUUUCUAAUACAGUCUUUCUUUCUUUCUUUCUUUCUUUCUUUCUUUCUUUCUUUCACUCAUCUUCAUUCUUUUCCUCCCCAAAUUUUAUGAUUUUUAUUUUCAGGAUUUUUUAUACUACCAUAGCUGCUUUACCCCAACUCUCUCUAUUCUUUUCUUUAAUUCUUCCAUAUUCUUGGCCUUGUCAUUUAAAAUCCAUUUUGCUUCUUUCUUUCUUGCUUCUUUUCUUUUCAUUUUUUGUUGUUCUUGCCAUUCGUCUACUUUUUCUUUAUUCCCGACUCCUCUAUUUUUCUAUCCUUUCUUCUUCUUCUUCUUCUUCUUCUUCUUCUUCUUCUUCUUCAUUCUGUUACGCGUCUUCUUUUUCUUUUUCGUUUUGUUACUUUAUUCCUUUUAUUACUCUCCUUCUUUUCAUCUUACUUUUUCUCUCCUUCGUGUGCCAUCCUUCUGUUUUCUUCUAUUCCACCACAUUGAUCCUAACAUUUUUAAUUCCCUCUUGUUCAUUUCCUUUUAUUUCCGUUUCCUCUUUCUUCAACUUUUCUUCUUUUUCUUCUUCUCCUUCUUCUUCUCCUCCUCCUCCUCCUCCUCCUCCUUCUUCUUCUUCUUCUUCUUCUUAUUAUUAUUAUUUUCUUUUCAUCGGAUUUUCCCUUCUUUCCUCCUCAUUCUACAUGCAUUUCUUUCUCUUGCAGAGUCUCUUUCUAGACUCUCUCUAUUUUCUACCCAUUUCUCACACUCUCUUCACUGAUCCCCUCAAAAAAGGGUUUCAAUAUUCUUCUUCACAAGACUUGCAAAUGAACAUUGUCCUGACAAUCCACCCAACCAGCUGCUUUUCUGCCCAUGAUCUGUCUGGCUGGCUGAGUGGCCAUUCAUUUAGUUCGUAUAUUUGUCGCGUCCCACUCUUUUCCUCGUCGCAUCUAUCUAUAAUUUAUCUAUGUUUUUUUUAUCUUCUGUCUAUAUUUGUCUUUUUAUCUUUUAUCACUCUCUCUCUCUAUCUCUGUCACAGUAUCUAUCUAUCUAUCUAUCUAUCUAUCUAUCUAUCUAUCUUUUUUUAUCUAUCUCUAUAUCUAUGUCUUUUUAUCUUCUUUCUAUCUAUCUUUUGUCUUUUAACUCACUGUAUCUCUCUCUCUCUCUCUCUCUCUCUAUAUAUAUAUAUAUAUAUAUAUAUAUAUAUUCGUUUUUAUCUAUCUAUCUAUGUCUUUUUAUCUUCUUUCUAUCUAUCUUUUGUCUUUUAA